GAAAGAAAAAAAGAAGAAGGAAAGAAACACAUCACGAAAAGAAAUCCAAAUGGGAAGUACGGCGGCGCAAAUUCCCAGUAGCUUUGGCCAUGAGCUGAGGGCUUGUCUUCGUUGCCGCCUUGUCAAAACCUAUGACCAGUUCAGGGAAUCAGGCUGCGAGAAUUGCCCAUUCUUUAAGAUGGAGGAAGACCAUGAGCGUGUUGUUGACUGCACAACUCCUAAUUUUAAUGGGAUAAUUUCAGUCAUGGAUCCAUCUCGAAGUUGGGCUGCACGUUGGUUGCGAAUUGGAAAAUUUCUUCCUGGUGUUUACACUCUUGCUGUUUCAGAGGCUCUUCCUGAAGAAAUGCAGGCUAUUUGUGAAGACGAGCGUGUGCAGUAUAUUCCUCCCAAACGCUUAUGAAGCGUUUUUAUCGUUGCCUUGACAUCAAAUGAACAGAAACUGAAUUGCCUUAAUCUGUAGUAAAAUGUAGGUUUUCAUGUUCAUAGUUAGUUUGCUGUACUGUGUACUUUUGACAAAAGUGGUUUUGUGCUCUGAGCUACUUAGUUUCUCUUAAGAAUGAACUGAAACGAUUACUGAAAACCUGACAUGCUAGCAUGCAUAAUGGUGCAUAAGUUCAAGUCAUGUAAUGAAGGUGCGCAUUAUUUACGUAAAAUAUUAAAUUAAAUCUAUUAAUAAGUUGU